CCAUUCUUAAGGGUGCGUGAUUCAGGGCCUAGGUUUUCCGUCACACUUGCGCCGUCGUCUGCUCCCUCCGUUUAUUUGCGUUCGUCGUUUGCACCGCACGUCCCCCCAGCGCCCAGCGUUUCGUUAUGUUCGACGGCGGAUGAGUGGAUCGCGCGCGACACGACGGGCACCAAGGAGAGCCAAGGAUGUUGCUGUACACGCUGAUCGGUGGCUACAUGCUGACCUCGAUGAUACUGUUCAAGUAUCCCACUCUGCUGCACAAGAAGAAGAAGGUGAAAUUUUUGUGCCAGCACAUCAGCCACCGAGGUGGGGCCGGCGAGAGCUACGAGAACACGAUGUGCGCAUUCAGACGAGCAGUAUCUAUCGGGACACAAAUGUUGGAAUUAGACUGUCAUCUUACAAGAGAUGGCGAAGUAGUAGUUUCUCAUGAUCAGAAUCUUUUACGCAGUACUGGUAUAGACAAAAAUAUCUCCGAAUUGGAUUAUAAAGAUUUACCACUCUUGAAGCAAUGUUUACCAAUUGAUUUUGAUCCAGAUGUGGAGUACAUUGGUUCAGCGAGGGAAGAAGAUCGGCAAUUCGCCUUGUUACGAGAGGUCUUUGAGGCAUUCCCUGAUAUCCCUAUUAACAUUGAUAUUAAGAUCAACAAUGACCAACUUAUAUCCAAAGUUUCUGAUCUUAUAAAAGAAUUCAACAGAGAGGAAUAUACAGUUUGGGGAAACUUUAGCGAUGAAGUUACACAGAAAUGUUAUAAAAUGAAUCCAAAUGUAAACUUAUUGUUUUCGAUGCAACGCGUGACGAUGUUAAUAUUUCUCAUGUAUACUGGCUUGUUGCCAUUUAUACCAUUGAAAGAAACGCAUCUUGAGAUUUUCUUGCCUUCAAUCUAUUUGCGACGAAAAGGUGGCCCGAGUCCAACAUUUCUACCGCUAGAAAAGUUGGUAGUGCGUACGAUUAAUGUACUAUUAAUGAGACCGUGUUUAUUUAAUCAUUUAAGAGCGCGGGGCAUACAUGUUUACUUUUGGGUCUUGAAUAAAGAUGAAGAAUUUAAAAGAGCAUUUGAAUUGGGAGCAACUGGCGUGAUGACAGAUUAUCCAACGAGAUUAAAACUAUUUUUAAAAAAUAAUGCGAUAGAAUGAGGUACUGGAUAGCUUUCGAAAAAGUACACACAUCAGAUAAUGCAAUUUAUGAAGGAAAUUCGCGGAAUUAUUUAUGUCUGUGAGAAAAGAUAUCUGCCACUGAUAAGAGGGCUAUAUAAGCUAUAUAAGCUGCAGAUUAAAUAAAGUAGUAUAUUUUUUAUAAGCAAAGCAAAACUAUUUGCUUAUGUUCUGCGUAUAAAUGCCAAUUAAAAUCAAUUUUUCCAUAAUUGCGAUAACCCGUACAAAUUGAUUCGUUAAUUGUGAAAUUGCGCACAGUGUGCACUACGCACGUGUACAUUGCACGUUGCAGUUUAUUGUUAUAUUAAUCAUGGGUGCAGGUAUUCAUUCAUGGAAUAAGAUUGCUCUGGCCUCGUAAAUCUUCCAUUUGUUUCUCUUUUUACAUUUUUUCUUGCUUCAUUGAAAAACGAGGCUUUUUGCAAUUUAAUUGCUAUUAAUUUCGAAAUUUAAGCUAAUAUUAUAUUAUUACAAUUAUUUUAACAUAGUAUCUGCGCAACUACCUAUUUAAUAGAUGAUUUUUACACACAAUAUAUAGUAUAAUUAUAACGCGUACUUCCAUUUAAUUUGCCAUUAGAAUCCAUGAUUUCAGAUUUUAUAUAUUUUAUUUUUAUUUAUAAGAUAGGUACGCUUUAUCUUUACAUAAUA